AUGUCACAUGGCAUCAAGAUGAGCCAGGCAAGCGGCAAGAUCCAAGCUGCGCCGAGACGGUCGGCCAAAAGCAGCUCACCCUUUCCGGGUUUCCAACGGCCCAGCGCGAGCGAGGUGAAGCAGUUUCACAAGCUCUUGGCCCGGCACUUUGGAGAAAGACGGCCAGGAAAGGGCAAGAGAAACAUUCUGGACACAGUUGUGGGUACCAUUCUGUCGCAGAACACAACAAAUACCAACUCCCACAGGGCCUUCAGUCAGCUGAAAAAGAGUUUCCCCACGUGGGACAAAGUUCGCACUGCCCGGCCGGCAGCUGUGCAGAAAGUCAUUCGCUGUGGUGGUCUAGCACCAAAGAAAACCAAAUGGAUCCAAGCAAUCCUGAAGACGUUGCACAAGGAGCGUGGGGAGUCCUCCAUGGAGUUCUUGAGAAAGUUGAACAAGGAACAGGUGCACCAGGAAUUGGAGCGGUUCCAAGGGGUGGGCAAGAAGACCAGUGCCAUCAUCAAUUUGUUCGACUAA